AUGAAGGGAUUCAAGUACCCCAAGAGGUCGUCAGUCGCGAUGGGCGAGGAUAAAGAGAAGCCAUUGUCUGCUAAGAGCAGUGGACGAGGAGUUGAACAGGUGACUCCCGAAGGGAACGUUAAAGGUGAUACGAAGCCUUUGAGUGGCGUUCAAGAGCCUCAAGAAACACCACCAAUGGUUGCUACAAGAAAAGAUACACCGCGAUCAGCUUUCAUUAAAAAAGCAAUGACAAAGUGUCCAUUGGUCACAACAAUUCCAAAUAAAUUGGACAAUGCAACUCUGGAGUGCUCAAAUACUCCCCGAAGUCAAGCUACCUUUAACGGCACUUAUCUACUUGCUCCACCAGGAUGCAAAAAUAUGCCCCCAGUUGCUGGACACCUGAUGUGGUCCUCUGGAAUCUCCCAACGCUUGGAUGCUUCUAGAUCACUUCUUGACAGUGUCGAACAUCCUUCCAUGCACUCGAAAAGAGCCGAUCGAAUAAGAAAUAUCAUUACCCAUUUUAAAAGCAAAUUACUUGAGAAUGACGAACGAAUUUUUGAUGACUGGGCUCGGAGAGUAUCAGAAAUCUGUGUCGAGGGUCUUUCAAAGCCUUUACUCUCUCGGCUUCCAGAUGGGAGUUUAUUUAGUGUUAACUUUGACCCAAAUUUAGCAACAACUCUUAGUGAAGUGAAGUAUCUUCUAAACUUAGCCGGAACGAACAUUCCUGAUCCUGCACUGAGACUUUACGAGUAUCGCUCAACUCUUCGGAAGUACAAGCUCUGCCUAGAUGCGUUGGUAUCCAGGUACACUCAUCUACGAACAGGGCUCCCCAAGAGCGAGGCUGCUUUAAUUGCCACUGAGCUAAGUCAUAUUGAGAAACUUUUGCAGGAAGGAUCAACUAAACUAAUCUGGUCCGAUGAAGGUGCUUGGGACCACAUUGCAACCGCACGUGAUAUUACAAACGACUUAUUUCAAAGAGUCAAACAAGCCGAAGAUAAUUUUUGCACCAUUCAAAAGAUCAUGUCUACAUGGACUAAGGAACCAUUGUUUGAACGAAGAGGUGGGAAAGCAGAGAACCAACUUGAAAGAACUGGAAAAUUCGAGAAACGAAGAAUUGAAAUCAAAGAGGCGGGAGAGAAAGUUGAGAAUUUACUAGAGGCAAACCGGUGUCUCUUUAAAGCAAAUACUGAAAGCAGGACCUGGAAAAUCUAUAUUCAAGUCGUUUGCAAUGUUGUCUCAAAGGGUUUUGUGGAAGCUAUCCGUUGUUCCCUUGAGUAUCUUCUCUCAGAAACUAACAAGGAGAACACCGCAAUUCACCCUCUAUUCGAAAUACAAAUGGACCUCAAAAUGAAUGCCAUCAACUUCAUACCAGCAUUAGAUCAAGGACCGGAUACCACCUUCUUUGAUAUCUGCAAUGGGAUUUUGGACGAUAUCUACAAACAAGCCGAUCAGAUGAAGCGAAUUGACGUACACACUGACGGCCCCCAAACAUACAAGGUUGAUACUAAUCUGAUUUUCUUUGGAAUUACACCCUUGAUGGAUGAGAAUCCCGAUCUUGAAGAGUUGAGACAGACCUUCGUUGAGCGAAUUGAGGCCGUUGUACAAAGUGCUCAAGAGUUCCAUAACAGUAUGGAAAGUUUUGCCUACCUUUGGACAGAGAAUCGAGAGGAGAGUCUGAAAGCAUUCCUUAAUGAGAAGAUCGACGAAUCUGACUCAGAUAAAUCUCAGCCAGUGCCAUCUCUUGAUCGAUUCAAGGCAAAGAUUGAUGAAUAUGAAAAUAUCUACUUGGAGAUAAGCAAUAUGGAGGACACCAUUCUUGUUGAGCCCUGGUUCAAAAUUGAUGCCAAAAGAUUCAAGCAGAGUCUGAUAAAUUGUGUGAAACGUUGGAGUUUGCUUUUCAAGAAAUACUUGGUCAACUUUUUGGAGACCAGCCUAAGGGAUCUCGACAAUUUCAUUAAGACAUCAGGCAAGAAUUUGGAAGAAGACCCCUCACCAGGGGACUAUGAUCGUUUGAUAGAGAUUAUGAGUUGCCUUGGAGCGGUCAAGUCUCGCCAGGCUAAUACUGAUGAGAUGUUCGAGCCAUUGAAACGAACUGUUGAUCUUCUACAAUCCUAUGGUCAAGAAGUGACUCCGGAGAUACUCUCUCUGACUGAGGUAAGCUACAUUUUAGUAGCCGUAAAACCUGACAACCAAUUGGCCUUAAUUAUAUCAGGUUUUAGCCAAGAUACCGCUAAGGACAUGGGUGAGGCUGAGCAUGAGCUGCCCAGACGUUGGGGCAACUUGAAGAAGCGCGUUGUAUUAAUGAAACAGGUUGUGGCUCCGUUACAGUCUGAUGAAGUGGCGAAGGUCCGAAAAUGGGCCUCACAAUUUGAAGCUAAGCAAUUCAAGUAUCGUGAAUAUUUCCUCAAGAUUCCUCCCUUCCAACUCGAAUGUGAGGAUCCUUAUAGAAUACUUGAUAAAGUAAGUCAAUUGUAUGACUGGAGUGUGGCAAGUUUGUGGUUGCAGCUUACUAAGAUUCAGUAA